AGUUUUUCUUAUCAGUGGUGAAAAAUCCGGCGGUAAUAUUGAAAAAAUUCAGCCAAAAUUUCAAUUCAUUCGAGUUUAAUUUGAAGUAAUAUUGAAGUAAUAUUGUGAAAAUACGUUUAAUAAUCUAUAAUGGACAAUGGAUUCUAACUCCGAUAAAAAGGAAGAACUUAGAAAACUGAAAGAAGAAGAACGCCAGCUAGACGAGAAGUUGAAACAACUGCAAGCUGUCACCUCCGAAAGGAAACAGAUUAUGGAAGCUCUGCACGAAUACAACGAUAUAAAAGACGCUACUCAAAUGGUAUUAGGCCAGUUAGCCAACCUCCACGGCGUAACUGUAGCCGAACUACAUGAAAAAUACGAUCUUAUGAAUGAAUAAGCGAAUUGUCUUUCGGUAUGUUUUAUUUCGUAACGCUUAUGUAUUAUGGUAAAAUUAAACUUGUAUAUUUUGUAGUAUAAAAAUGAAAAUGUAGAUAAAAACUGUAAUAUAAAAACCUAAUACAACGAGUCAUUUGCCAUCUAA